UGAAAAAACAUCAGCGGUCGAGGUGAAGUGACACGCAAGGCGGCAAGCAUAGAGGGCAUCAUCGUGCAGCUGGGCUGAGCGGCACGUGUUAGCAAACAACUUUCACUGCCUGCCUGCUCUCUCGGAUAAACUUUGAACUUGAAACGUUAAUCCAAGGGCAGUCCGGUUUUUAGUGAGAGAAAUAUGGCGAACUUACCUCCGCCUCUGAACCUGAAAGCCGCCCCCUUUGAGGUGCCCAGCAGCUCUUCUUUUGGCGCGGGUAAAGAACGGAAAAUGCAAUCGGCGGAGCAGCUUGUUCUCGAUCUUUGUAACCCUGAUCUCCGGGAAAAUGCCCUUCUCGAACUCUCCAAGAAGAGAGAACUGUUUCAAGAUUUGGCUCCACUACUGUGGAACUCCUUUGGUACAAUUGCUGCUCUUCUGCAGGAAAUAGUUUCCAUCUACCCAGUUUUAUCACCACCGAACCUAACUCCUGCACAGUCAAACAGAGUUUGCAAUGCACUUGCUCUUCUUCAGUGUGUGGCCUCACAUCCAGAUACUAGAAUGUUGUUCCUGAAUGCCCACAUCCCUCUAUAUCUUUAUCCUUUUCUUAAUACAACCAGCAAAUCGAGGCCCUUUGAGUACUUGAGGCUUACGAGUCUAGGAGUCAUUGGUGCACUUGUGAAGGUUGACGACACUGAAGUUAUCAGUUUCCUUCUCUCUACUGAGAUCAUUCCCUUGUGCUUACGAACAAUGGAGAUGGGAAGUGAAUUGUCCAAAACAGUAGCAACAUUCAUUGUGCAGAAGAUUUUGCUUGACGAUGUUGGUUUAGAGUACAUAUGCACAACAGCGGAGCGCUUCUUUGCUGUAGGUAGGGUGCUGGGAAACAUGGUUGCUGCACUUGCUGAACAGCCUUCUUCUCGGCUUUUAAAGCACAUUAUCAGGUGCUACCUCAGAUUGUCAGACAACCCAAGAGCUUGUGACGCCCUUAGAAGUUGUCUGCCCGACAUGCUUAGAGAUGCGACCUUUAGUAGCUGUCUUCGGGAGGAUCCAACUACAAGAAGGUGGCUACAGCAGUUGCUUCAUAAUGUGCAAGGACCUCGUGUAGCGUUGCAAGCAGGAGGUGGGUUCGAUCACAUGAUGGUCAAUUGAAUUAAGCCCAGAGUCCUAUGUUUAUAUCUGAUUUAUAGGCGGAUUGUUUGCUUAGUAUGUCCAAUUGUCACUUUUGAAAUUUUGUGGCCGAUUUUGCCACGAUGAACCCUGAAAGCUGGAGUCUCUAGUUGUGCUUUAAUUAGCUGGAAGCUAGAAGAUGUAUCUUUGGACCGUUUGUUCAAAUUGCAAGGCCAUCUGGUAUAGUUAAGACUGUAAAUUGCCGUUGCUAAUGACAUUCUAUGAAGAGCUUCCUAGCCGACAA